AUGGUCGCCGCCCCCGCCGCCGGCGCCGGCGAGGCGACCCCGCCCCCAGAACCGCCUCCCUCCCGCGUAUCCGUCCGUUCGUCCUCUUCGUCGUCCUCCCGACGCCGCUGUGCCCUCUCGAGCCGGUUCCGCGAACCCGCGAGCCCGCGGCGGCACGCGUGGGUCUCGCUCCAGGGCCGCCUCGUCGGCGCCGAGGAGGCGGCGUCCGCCCAAGUGGCCGCGCCCGGCCUCCCCAAGGAAGAGGCGAUGGCGUGGGAACUCUUCAGCCCGCUCCACCGCGUCCUCCUCGUCGCCACCGUGGCCGCCGCUUCAUCCCGAUCCCACGCCGCCCGCCGCAUCGAGCAGCUCCAGCGGUCGAUUCAUUUUAGGGAUGAGGUGCUGCAAAGCAUGCAGCAGAAGCUGGAUGAUCUGUUCGGCGAAAUGAACUCCCUGCAACAGCAGUAUGUCAAGUGUGACAGUUUCAUUUCGGCCGAAAAGGAAAAUAUUGAGUUGGUAAGCUGCAAUAAGCUAGGACAAUGCUGUGUGUCAUCUCGAGCAGAAACUGCUGCUACUCCUCAGAAGACAAAGGAUUUCUGUCGAACCGAUGAUGUAAAGAGCGAUGUAGUUGAUAGGUCUAGUGUAAGUCUUGUGGAUCACGAGGAGCGCCGGAUGUCAGACCUCUCUGACUUUUGUUGGAGUGUUGUGUCCUCAGUGGAUACUCAUGUAAACGGGGACAAUCAGCUAAGUUCCCUGGCGGCAGAACAAGAGUUGUAUAACAUUCAGAAGGAAUGUGAAGAGAAAGAUGCAAUUAUAAAAGAACUAACUGCAGCUGCACAUACAUCUAGCAAUGCUGAUGCCAAGAGAAUCGCAGAGUUGCAGGAUAUUCUUAAAAGGAAAAAUAUGGUAAUAUCUAAGCUGAAGAAAGAUAUGUCAUCUCUGAAGCAGAUGGUUGUUGAACUGACAAGGGCUAAAAGGGCAUCUUCUGUCAACUUAAACACAGUCUCUUCUGAACUGCCAGUGAUGUCAAACAAUCUUUUAUAUGAUAUGAGCAGCAGUAGCCCGUCAUCAUCAGAUUCUGAGUCUCCUGUAACGCCGAGAGAAUUGCUCAAUGUUCAUCUUACCGAUGGCACUCCAGGAAACUGUGAAUCCAAAGGAAGCUCUAGAGUAUCAGUGCGAAAAACAUCUCUUCCCGCAACAAAAUCAUCAGCUUGCAACCUGCGCCCUGCUAUCCCGUUCAAAGAGACCUGUUUAAACCCAAAAGUAGAAACAAGUUCUGUUGGUAGGCAGAAGCAGCUUGUAUCCUCUAAUGGUGAUUUUAAAAAGACUAGACGACAAAGUUACCAAGACUUGAGGAAUAAGGCUACAAAGAGAUGGAUGUAGAGUCUAGACUGCAAGUAGUUAUUUCCAGAGAGAUGAGGAAGAAAGGAAGUUGGUUGGUUCUGUUGAUUUUGUUGGGUAGUCUGUCAGAGUGAUGCUUCCUAGCUCUCGUGCUGUCGUCUCGUCAAAAAAAUUAUGGAUGCAUUCAAGCUGCUGCAUAUUUUAGUUAUGUCUGUCAUGGAACUAAUCAAUCCAUGAUCUAUUGGCUCGCCAUCGGUAUCUGCUCCGUUGUAAAUUAUGUC